AUGGGAGCGACUGGAGCCGGGAAGUCGACGCUGAUGAACGUGAUGACGUCGCGGAACUUGGGAGAUCUCAAAGUCUCAGGGGAACUCAUGGUGAACGGGAAGUCUAUCAAGAGAAGUACGUUGGCAGGCAUUUCCGCCUACAUCCAGCAGGAAAACAUUCUGAUGGAUCCACCAUUGCUUUUUUUUGACGAGCCGACCUCAGGCCUGGACUCGUUUCUGGCCCAACAAAUGGUGGCUCUCAUGAAGUCCCUGGCCGAGAAGGGGAAGACCAUAGUAUCCAUCAUCCAUCAACCUUCAUCCGAGGUCUUUGCCAUGUUCGAUCGGAUUCUUCUCCUUGCAGAGGGGAGAACUGCCUUCACGGGGAUGUCCAAGGAAGCAGUUUCCUUCUUUCGACGGAUUGGAUACGAAUGCCCGCCAAAAUACAACCCUGCCGACUUCUACAUCCACACCCUGGCCAUUGUCCCGGGCGCGGAAGAGGAACGCAAAGAACGGGUCUCCUUCAUCUGCGACGCAUUCAGAGAUUCGGAAGAAUGGAAAGCGCUGGAAGACGAAAUUGGCUUGUCUGGCGAUGUGGCCAGGAACGGGGCUUCAAAAGACAACUCAGACAUGGAUGAGAAGGAGAACGAAAUGACGUUCAAAUACAAGCUGUCUUGGUUCUCCCAGUUUCGCGCCAUUUUCACUCGAUGCUGGACUGCCAACCUUCGAGAACCCUUCGUUAUCAAGCUUCGCCUCUUCCAGACUCUGAUGCUGGCUCUACUAUUGGGAGUCAUCUUCUUCAGGCAGGAUUUCAGCAAGUUUGAGGGAGUGAUGAACGUGAAUGGCGCCAUCUUCCUCUUCCUCAUCAGUGGAAAUUCAAUGUACUUGAUCUCGCUGCUGAAUUUGUUUUCCGAAGAGUUACCAGUCUUCUUGAAGGAACACCAGAGCGGAAUGUACAGAGUGGACGCGUACUUCACCGGCAAGAUCGUAGCCGAGUUCCCACUUUCGAUUCUCUUCCCCGCCAUCUUCACCGCGAUCGUCUAUUUCAUGAUCGGACUCAACGGAUCCCUCGACCGCUUCGUCGUGUGCGCUCUUAUCAUGAUCAUCAUUUCGAAUGUCGUCACUUCCUGCAGUUAUAUGAUCUCGUGCUUGAGCAGCACCAUCAGCACUGGCAUAGCCUUGGCUUCAUUGAUCCUCCUUCCGAUGCUGUUGGUCAAUACCAGUGUACUUAGUAUGGCUGAAGUACAUCUCGUGGUUCUAUUACGGGAACGAGGCCCUCAUGAUCAAUCAGUGGAAAGACCUCGAGAUCGACUGCGGGGAUUCCUUCAGGUGCCUUCCCCAUGGCGAUGUGUGUACUUAUUAUGGCUGAAGUACAUCUCGUGGUUCUAUUACGGGAACGAGGCCCUCAUGAUCAAUCAGUGGAAAGACCUCGAGAUCGACUGCGGGGAUUCCUUCAGGUGCCUUCCCCAUGGCGAUGCCGUCCUCUCCGUCAUGCACUUCGACGUGGAGAAUCAUCUCCGAGACAUUUUCAUUCUAUUCACCAUGAUGAUUGUGUAUAACCUCAUGGCCUAUCUGGUCCUUAGAAGAAGAGCAUCUCGCCGGACGUGA